AUGGCCUCUCACUCUGAUUGCGCGUCUCAGGGCGUUUGUGAUCCAGCUAUGCUGGCGCAUCUGGCUCUCGUGCAGGACCCAAUGACAGUCCUCUUCGACUUUGACGCGUGUAAGGUCCAUAGUGGCCGCUUUCAAGGUCUCACAGCUCAGCAUAACAGGACUUCCAUCGGCGCGGAUGCUCCUCUCCCCCGAGGGCUCGACGCACCUGUCCCCACCUCCUCUCCUCCCUUCGAGGUGAAGGCGUUCCUCGACUUCCCUCCUCAUCCUGCCGUUCCUCCUCCUUCCGGCACUUUUGAUCCUUUGGUGCUUGUGCGACUCCAGGAUGAGCUGUGUUUAUCUCAGGUGAACGCGGGGUUUCCCAUCAUCACCUUUCCGCCGGACAGUCAACAUCGCGCUUCUUCCCGCUCGUCCACGUCGUCCAGCAACAGGCAUGAUGCUCCUCUUGCCUGUCAUUCAGGCGAAGACUGCGAGCACACCGCCAUCUCAUGGUCCGACCUCUCCCUCUCUGAUUACCUCACCUCCGAAUGUACACCUGCGUGGCAAGGACGUGCUGGUGCCCAGUCGGACAGCUCUUCCGUCCCCGGCUACGUCGCGCCAAGCUCCAUACGUUCUUCCGCCUCCACUUCUGCAUGUCGACCACUUAAGCCGAGGAAGUCGCCCUGCUCCUUCCUUCCCGACAAGUACCAGCCCAUCAAGCUUGGGCCCGGGGCCCACUCCUGUAUCCGCUGCCCGAUGCCCAACUGCGGGGCCGAGCUCGAGGACCGCGACGCGGCUUGGCGCGGGCACUUCAAACACAAACACCUCGACGACCUCUGCCUCAUGCCGGGGUGCCGCGGGAACGACCCGUCGAAGUGUAUCGCGUGCUGCCCGUUGCCGGCAGGUGGGUGUAUGGCGCCGAUGACGGUCGAGAGCGUCGGCCGCCACAUCCUCAACGUGCACAUCAAGGUCGCGUACGGCUGCCCGGUCUGUGGGAAGCAGAGUACGUGGCGAGAGUCGUCGUGUGCGCGCCACAUCCGGAGUUGCUUGAAGAGACUCCAAGCGAAGGGGACACUGGGAGCUCGUGGUUGA